AUGACCAGAGACUGCGGACACAGUACAGGAGAUGACCAGAGACUGCGGACAUAGUACAGGAGCUUUGGGGAGCAGGUACUCGAAUUUGACAGGUCGCCUAGGCGAUCGGAAGCGAAAGUUGUCCUUCCUCCCUCCCAUAGUCUUCUGUGACAUGUAACCGGUCCCAGAAGACUACGGGGCCAUUCACAAAGUGCAGCGCUUCUCGCGCAUGCACAGUGGGCACCCGGCUGUGAAGCUGCAAGCUGUCACAGCCAGAUGCCCACACUGAAAAUGCCGGCGUUGGGGAGAGAAGACAGAUGGUGAAACCAGUGGUG